GGCUGCCGAAACGCGUACAGAGGAGAGGCGGCCACGCGGAUGAUGACGGGGCUGGUGGGCAGCCCGGUGGCUGCCGUCAUGCAGGAGAACUUCGGGUGCUCCGUCGCCAAUCGCUUCUACCAGCUCCUGGACGACGAGUCGGACCCGUUCGACGUCCUGCGCGACGCCGAGCGCCGCCAGCAGCAGAAGAAGAAGCGUGACGAGGCGGCGGCCGCUGCCAGGAGAGCCGUGCCCGGCGGUCGGGCGGGCGGCGGCAAGAGGGACACCCCUAAGGAGCGCAAGCAGCCGGAGGUUUCCCCUGGACACUCCCCUGCGGCCCCGCCGCAGCCAGGCCCAAAGCGAGCACCCAGGCAGGGAGAACGACAAGGGUUUGGUAACAGAAGUACCGAGGGGAAGCAAGACAAAACUGAAUGGAGACCAUCUUUCAGGGAAUACUGUCCCUAUGGAACACAAAGACAAGUGGAAUUCUCAGUGGAACGACUAGUGGACAGAUUAGACUAUGAAAGACCAAUAAGAGGUCGUGGUGGAGGAAGAGGCAGAAUGAGAGGUAGAGGAAGAGGUGGUGGAUUAAAUGGAAGUUCUGAUGGGUUUGACCAAAGAAGAAAACGGGAACCUGUAAGACAAAGUGGGCAUGAUAAAAUUGGGACGGAACAGACUGCAUCUAUGGAGGAGACAGUGGAAACUCCUGAACAGCCAGGGGCAUCUGAAGGAGAGCAUCUGAACAAAGCUGCUGAAGGAGAGCCAAUGGAAGAAGUGGUUCAAGAAAUGACAUUAGAUGAAUGGAAGAAUCUUCAGCAACGGAAUCGACCAAAACCUGAAUUCAACAUCCGGAAGCCAGAAUCCACUGUUCCUUCCAAAGCAGUGGUUAUUCACAAGUCAAAAUAUAGUGACGAUUUGCGAAAAGAAGACUUUGAAGAUGAUUCUCAUGUCUUUCGAAAACCAGUGAAUGAUAUAACUUCUCAGUUGGAUAUUAAUUUUGGGAAUCUUUCUCGCCCUGGCCGUGGAUCAAGAGGAGCACGAGGUGGUCGUGGUCGUGGCAGAAGACCUGAAGAGACAGGACCUCGACCAGAAGUAGUGGUACAGCUUGUGGCCCCAAAUCCUGAUGAUCCUGAGGAUUUUCCAGCUUUAGCUUGAAGACCCAUUGUGAAUGGUGGUAUCUCAAAGUUGCUUUGUAACUAUGAAGAGACCAGUUCUAUGCUGGUGUGGAUUAAGGAAGCCUGUUUCCUUCUGGAAAGUUUUUUGGUUGUUUGGUGUGGAAUGAUUGCAGCUGUCUGCUGAUAGAGUUGGGUUCUGGAAACAUGGGUGGACUGGGGUCCUGUCACAGGUUCCAAUGUCUGCCUCUAUUUGUGAAACUUAUGGGAAGGCUUACAGUACUUCCCUACUAGUCUUCAAGUGAAGUUAAAGGGAAGAGUGUUUAAAAAUGUAUAUAUAGAGAUUAUAUCAAGUUCUCCAUGACACCAUGGUGAAAUGUAAACUGUACAACAUGAUCUAGAACUGGGACUCAGUUUCACUGUACAUUUGAAAGCUGUUUCCUUUAGGUGAAGUGUAUAUUUCAGAUAGUUGCAAGUUGCAGUUCUUCAGAGUCUGGUAAAUAAAGAAAAGUGCACAUUGCUUUGGGUUUGAGGUAUUAUUUUAAGAAGUUGGAGUGGCAGGUGGAAGCUUCUGCUAUUUGGAUGCUAUUUGGGAAAAAUAGUGUGGGGGGGAAAACCCCAAACCCUAAACAGCAAUCUGUACGCACCAAAAAAAGUGAGCAUCUCUCUAAAUGGAAGUGAUCUUUAAAAUCAAAGCAGCACAGAUGCUUUGAAUUAACACCUAACAUAAGUCCUACUUCAGUAACAAGAUACAGUCUGCAAUUACUUUGAAGAUUAAAUAAAAUAAGCAUUUUGAUCUAAAGUUGGAACUGUAUUAUUAAGAAAGCUUUUAAUUUUAGCAGGGCCAACUAAAAUGUUUCAUGCCUUAUCAAGAAAUUUGUGAUGAUGGGGAUGAGGUGCAAUGUUCUUUCAUUGCAGCUUUAACAUACUUGAGCCAGAUUUUCUGUUUACUGUCCAAGGGGACACUGAGAGUCAUUCUGGGGGAUCUGAGAGAAACAAGAAAAUGGUGCCAGAGGUGAUGACAGAAAGAAAUGACAGCACAAGCACACUGAACCUUUUGGAAGUAGCUGUCAGCCUCAAAGGAAUCUUCAAAUGCCUGCUCAACUUGAACACAUUCUUUCAAUUUACUGGGAAAGCAGAUGACUAUAAAUCUUUCACUUUCCCAGUUCUGUGCCUCACUUCUAAGCAGUCUCUGAGAUCAAAUAGUGGAUGACACUUAGAAGAAAAGAAAGUUUUUCUUUGGAGCAAACUUUAAGAGUACUCACAUUCUUAAAAGACUUUUCUUACUAAUAAGGCUUUACUCAAAUAGGAUGAUUUGAAAGACUAGAAAGACUCUUUUCUAAUUGACAGAGUAGCUCAGCCCAGAGGAUUUUUUUUUACAUUGUUACAUUACUUACAUGACAAUUUUCUAUAACAUGAGAUUUUGUAUUCUGCCAGUUUAUCGUAGUGGCACACAGAGAUGCUCUGACUUGCAGUAGAGUAGGAAGAACAUCCAAAAGCAAAGUGCUGGUGUUAGAGGAACCCGUGCUGCUGCUAUUUUGGAGUAACUGAACUGGAUGAAAUAAUGCACAACUACUUCACUUUGUAGUCACAAAUAAGUUACUUGAAAUCAUUGCAGUUUAAGAUUUACCUGAUGCUGCCCAUUUUACAGGUGUUGUUUAUUUCUUCCAAAAAUGGCAAUUUAAUCAAUGUGGAAUAGAAGUGAUUUUGUCUGUGGGGUUCUUGGAAUCUUUCACUUGUUCUUCCCUUCUUGUUCCCAUUUUUCCACUGGACAAGGAAGAAUGUGUCUGAAUAUGUAUUUCUAUUUUUACUUGCUGGGGUGAGUGUAUGCAUUGAGAUGUGGAGAGCUUCUUUGCAGGGCUUCUUUCUAUUUCUCAUCAUGUUUUGAAUGUAGCCUUCUAGUCUAUUAAGACCUCUUCUUGCUAAGGAAAGUGUUCAUAUACUUAAAUGUAACCCUCCCUUUUUUCUACUAAAAAUUUAAAUCUUUGCUGUGCUGUGCUUCUGGGCUCAAUCUGCUGUGAUGCAUUCAGUUUAGUUCUGACUGUUCUCUGGGAAGGCUGAGAGAAUUGCUUUAUUUUUCAAUCUCCUUCCUGCUGUUGCAAAGUUACUGUUAAUUCCUCUAAAUUUGAUCUGCCUUUCAAAACAGAACGACAAAUAGAUCCGUUGGGGAAUGCUUUAAAGGACUUGUGAAAAUCUAUCUGUAUAAUCCACUUUUGAUCAGCAGAUUAUUAAACUCUCGGUUAAAAGGAAAAAAGGCUGGUUACAAGACUGUUCAGUUAAAACUAGAACAAACUAACCAACCAAAACUAAAAAAUACAACCCAUCCAAUCCAAAACUUCGUAAGAAUUAGAUUUUGUGUAAUUGAUUACUGCUUAAACAAGUUUCUUGGAACACCUAUGUGUGACAACUUUGUUUUUCAGUCUGUCAGACUUGAAUAUGGCUUAAGAGUUUCUCUAGUUGAUGGUAUAUCCAAGUAUAGAAAAGAAAUGAUUAAUUUUAAGUGAUGACAGUGAUGCAAUUUCUUUGCCUAGCUGUGAUAACAGAGCUGUAAAUCUCUGUCAUCUGUCAUAUUUCAGGUACCGAAAUAGCUGUAUCUGUUAAGUAGAGAUUUGCUGCUGUCACUCCUGGCGUAGCUUUAUUCCUUCAUGUAAAGCAGUUGGCAGCAGGUGUAAAUAUAUACACACACGCUAGUAGAACAUGGCAUGCAUAUUAAAAAGAGAUUAAAUUGUGUUGCAGAUCUUAGUCAUGUUAUUCUUUAAUGCACUACUACCAGUUACUUUUUGGAUUAAUGUAGUGAAUGGCCUAGGAAAAAACUGCUACAUUUCAGGUUGAAAUUUUAGAUUCAUGCAAGUCACAGUAAGUUUGCAAAGAAAGGAAUUCACCUCUCUCCACGACUGUCAUUUAUGUACGAUAGUCUUGACACUAUGUAGUUCAGUUGAAUCAUAUGCAGUACUAUGGUUUAGGAUUGGCAAGCAUAUAUUAAUAUGAAAGUGCCUUUAGAAGUUAGUGGAGAGAAAUGUCUGUGCUUAAGAUGAGAAUACCAAAGAAUGAUUAAAGACUCAGAAGUAAAAAUCCCUGAGUUGAUAAGUAGGAAAAUUGGGCAUUUGAGCCUAUAGGAAAUGAGCUUUCAGCUGGUUACUGAAUUUUUUGGUAUAGAAACAGGCCUUGUGUGCUUUGGGCCCAAACACAAAAUUUAUACCUCUAGUACGCUUAUGCCAUUAAGAUUGUUCUUAAUCCUGUAUUACAUAAUUUUCACAUAAUUUUUUCUUUUUUUUCCCAGAACUGUCACAGGCACAUACACACACAUUCAUAUAAAAAACUGAAUAUAUGUGUGUAUACACACACACACACACACAUAUAUAUAUAUAUAUAUAUAUAUAUAUGCAUGCAAUGUUGGAAGUAAUGCUAUGCUGACUCAUUAUCAGUGGAUCAAUAAUUGAAUGUGAAACAUGAUUAUCUUUGCAUAAAAAAUACACUUCAAUCAAUGAAUAAUGGGCAUGAAAUCAAAGCUUGUUCUCUCUGAGUAGUAUAUGCUGAGCAAGUACUGAACAGUUUGUGCUUGAAGGGGGGCAGCCUUUAGUCUUUGGAAGAAGUAACAACUGUUACACUUUGGCUGUGUUACUUAGAAUUUAACUUGAAAUACUUUUUUUUCCCUGUGUUUUAAUUCUCUCAAAACAAAUGCCUUUUAAAAUUUGUAAUACAAGUGUUGCAGAUAGCUGUGUCUUUAGUGCAGCCCUAGAUACUGCAUCACAUUUAAUGAUAAUGUUAUGUUGGAGAUGUUCCAGCCUUAAAUAAAUUGAGUGAAGUUUCUGAUCUCCCUAUUUAGAUAACUAGUUACUAGUAAAACUAGUGUGACUUCAUAAUCUGUGUUCUGUUGUCUCUAUGAUGUUUUACAGCUAGUUAGCAGGUCUCAAUAAGCUGUUGCUUGCUUUUAGCAAUAGCAGUUCCUCUGUCGAGAUUUGUACAGUAUGUUUGAAUGAAAGAUACUGAAUUUUGUGUACUGUAGUUGAAUCAGCAGGAUAGCUCUGCCAAAACAUAAAAAUAACAGCAAGAUACAUUUUUUUUUUCUCAUGCCAGCAGAGAAUAAUAAGCUGACAUACUCUGAUCCAGGAAUUCAGUAUUUGUUACUUGUUUGGUUAUAUUUCUGUUGCUUAUGUAUUGAGUGCUUCUUUUCAGAGUUUUUGCUGGCUCUAGCAAAGACUUGGAACCUUAGAAGCUAUUGUGGGAAAAGUAAAACCUAGUAACCUUUUUAAUGAAACUGCCACCAGAGUGAAAGAAGACCAGAGGCUGGAAAGGUCCGAUCAGUGGGAGGAAGAGAUAGAACUCAAAAAAAAAUCCUUUAACAGCAGUUCACUUUACAAUAGGUAUGAUGCUGGUGUAAAGCGAUGGACAAAAAGCACCUAGAAACAUGAAAGCAGGACAAAUACGUGUUGUAAGUACUGCCUAGAGAUUCAGUUAAGUGAGCAUGCCAUUUUGGGAAGAAUGGUGAAAGAUCAAUAAUAGCAGAACAUGACCUCAGGAAGAAAUGCAAGGAGGUCUAGAGAAAAGCUGUGUUUGAAGGAGGGAUAAUGAGGAGGCUGAGCCGUUCCACUGGGUAGAAAACAAUGGAAUUAUUCUGCCAUCUUAAAAGAUUGGCAUCAAAGCACUGACAGAGGCAAAAGCAAGCUCACAAGGGUAAGAAGAGAUGUUUCACUAUUUGCCCUCCUGCUGUUGGCAUCGCUCUCUGGAUUUUCUUGCAUUUGUAAUAGCUGAUGCCAAGGGUCUGUUUCCAUUGUGCUGUCAGGGUACAAGGACUUUAGGGUUUGCCACUUUAUCCUGUUAGUGCUGUAAUUGAGCUGCAGCAACUGGCAUGGCUGGAAAAACUGGGAGUUGGAGGUGCUAGUGACACAGAAGAGCUUUUCAUUGCUGCUAUGCCCAUAUGCAGCAGGGUUACCACAUGCUGAGUUGAGGGAUCAAAAACACCAGUGGCUGCUUGGCCUGUCCGGACUCUUUCAGCCUUGAGAACUAGGACCGAUUUUGACAGGUAGGACACGGACCAGGAAUGGAGCUGUUUUAAGGACAGACUUUCUAGCUGCCUUCUCCCACCCCUUUUGUGAUGGUCCAGCACUUGACAAGGCUCUUGGAAAUGUCCCAUGGAUGGAGGGUGUCAUAUUUAGUACCAGAUUUACUUAUUUGAAGACAGUUCAUGUCAUGUGGCAUUUCUGGUUUAGAACGACAUUAAGUGUACUGAAAACACAAAAACAUAGUAUUAUUCUUAAUGUAGCAAUUGCAGUACACAGAUCAAUCACAAUACAACUCCCUUUACUGGUCCCUAUGAAAGACAUCCUUGUUGUCACCAUGUCAGGUGUCCCCAGGUGUCAAGAAGGAAUGGGAGGGUUGAUCAGUUGAAGCCCAUUGCUCCCUUUGACAUUCUUAUGGCAGUUGUCUGGCUUUUAUAUAUUCAUACAUAAUCCUUCUCCCCAUAGUGGCCUGGUCUUUAUUCUUCCUAAGGAAGUACUGGUUGAUCCACUCAAACUUUGACAGCCAUUUGUCCACUGAAAUAAAGUCAUCUUUGCAACUGCUUUGGUCCAUCACUCCCUGAGCUUCCAAAGCACAUCACCCUUGUCUGUAUUCUCUUUGCUUUAUUCCAUAUUUAGGACUUAUUAGUCACAUCCAUAUGAAACUAACCCCAAAACCAGAAGUACAGGUAAAAAACUCUCUUCAUCAACAAACCCUUGGUAAGGUAGGUUUAAAGCAUAGGUUCUCUAUAAAACCAGAUUCAGAUUUCAUGUAUAACAGUGCAUCCUUUUUGCUAUAGCACGUUUUUGUCUACUCUUACAUAAGCAAUGUAGAAACUGGAUUGCAAAGGAGGCUAAAUACACUGAAACUGAAGUUACUCAGAACUACUGUGAACAGAUUAUUCUUGCAGAACAUUAACUUCUCAGUGGAAUUGUCUCGGGCCCCUGUUCAAUUUUUCUCUGUGGGAUUCUUUUAGUCCUCUGCACUUCCCUGCCCAGUGCCAGUGCUCCUAAAACUGCUAAUGAUGUGAUAGGUGUUAACUGUGUUUUCCUGUGGGCAUCACAUGCAUAAAUUAGUGUUCUCCCAGUCAGAACCCAUUGUUCACUCUUCAUGAGGCAGCUUGUUUGUCAGGAAAAGGUGCUUAAACAUUCAUGUAAAUUUGGAAAGGUCACCUUAUGACAGAAGAACAGAUUUUCCAAAUAUCAAACUCCAUGUUUGAGGCAAGCAGAAGUUUACUUGCUUGUCAAACCGGCUCUGCUUUGUGUAUGCGAAUUCUGUGUUUUCUAAUAUAGGUAAGGUAAGGGCAAUAAGUUUUUCAACUGGUCACUAUUUUUUGCUUUUUGGUAUUUUUUAAAAGACUAAGCUAGGGCCCUCACCAGUGCUUGUGCAAAAAUCAGUGUUCCUAAUGAUUUCAUUAUUUUGGGAGGUCUUCACUGUCAUGGUAAGUAACAAAGCAUAUAGUAUUUAAGAUACUGCCUGUUUCUAAAAAUUAAUACUAUAUAAUCAUAGAGGAAGGAGAAAUAAUAACUAAAACCACGCUGCUGUGUCUUACUGUGCUUUUUUCACUGUGUAACAGUAUCCCUACAAUUCAAAUACACGUACUGUUUUCCAGUGUGAGUUUCUGGAAAUGUAGAGCCAGAAAGUCUCUAUUUUUUAAAUUUUAAAAAUAUGUGUUCUAAGAAUCUGUUUUAAUUAAAAGGUUUUCAGGCA